AAUAUUCGUAUCUUGAAGACGACAAUACUAUGUUGUUCUUGUCAAAAUCAAUGAAGAAAUGUUACUUAGACGAUUGUUUAUCAACAGAUGAGACAAUAUGUCGUAUUCUGAAUUGUUGAUAGAAAAUUUUAUAAAACACACCUUCUGUCAAUGCAAAAUAUCGGACCAUUUCAAGGUGAAAGCAGAGAAGGAAAGGACAGGAAACAUUUAGUUAUUUUCUGCUUCUCAGACAUGGAAUAUGCUUUCAUUAGGAAUAAGUUUUGAAAUUAGUUUGAUAUUUAGUGUUAAUAAACAUAAAGAGGAUUAUAACGGAGACUGGAGUCCUUUUGAUUCAAGUCGAUGUGAUGAAAGCCUGAAGCUCAUUCAAUACGAGUCCGCAUCCUUGAAACACCUGUACUGAUGCGAUAUGAGAAGUGACCUGCACCAUAAUUGCUAGACAAACAAAAGAGCGCAACAAAUUGCAUCAUUUUUAUUAUAUUAUAAACAGUCUAAUGAUUAGAUCGAAACUGUUCAAUAUCUGAAAAAUAUGAAACAGAUGAUCUUCAUGACUGUCACAAUUGAUUCCAUAUGAAAAUAUGAAAUUCCGUCUACGUGUACUUGUAUUUUACACGACGUUUGUGACUACUUGUCUGAUACUGCAGGCAUUGCAUUUUAUGAUGAUACAGCAGCAUAGUGACAAAUGGUAUAAAGACAACUUUGAAAGCAAUUAUUCGGAAAUUUUACGUCCCGAUGCAGAACAGGAAAACAGCCAGAGGACUAUACUAUAUCUUGAAACUAAUGAAUUUAAUAUCUCAACAGAAGUAGAACAAGAACAUAUUAAGAAAAGAAAGAUAAUUUUUUUAUACAAUCUACCUGGAUUUUUGGUUAACACUCCACCUACGAAUAAACUGUACAAGAACUGUGAUUAUAAAAAUUGCGUUUAUACACGUGAUAAAAAUAAGUUACUUAAAGCUCAUGCUGUCAUAUUUUACGUGGGUAUUAGAUAUGAACGAAUGGGGGUUUCCCCACCAAUACAACCGACACUUCGAAAUCCAGAUCAAGUAUGGAUCUUUACAGCCACAGAACCGCCAGAGCAUUAUUAUAACACAGACUAUCUCUUGCCAUCGUGGCAUAAUACAAUGAACUGGUCUAGUUUUUACAGGCUGGAUUCAGAUAUCCCGAUUUCAUACGGUGCUUUAAUCAGACAAAACCCAGAUAAAACAAGACAGGACUAUGUUUCAUUGUAUGAAUCAAAAACAAGAAAUGCCGUAUGGUACGUUAGUCACUGUCAGGUUGCCAGUGAAAGAAGACUUUACGUAAAUGAAAUGAUUAAAAACGGAUUCGAUGUAGAUAUUCUAGGAGGAUGCGGUUCGGAAGGAAAAAGAACAAAAACUAAUUACACAGAAUUUGCGCAAACAGUACCAAAUUAUAAGUUUUAUUUAGCGUUCGAAAACUCGUUUUGUAAUGAUUAUGUUACAGAAAAGUUUUUCAGGAGUUACAACUCAGACAUGAUUAUUAUUGCAAGGGGUGGGGCUGAUUAUAACAGAUUGUUUCCACCAGGAACAUUUGUAAACACUGCCAAUUUUCAAGAUGUGUCUAGCUUAGUAAAAUAUUUGCUUCAUCUUGGAAGCGACAGAGAAAAAUACAUUGAAAUGUUACGCAAGAAAGACAGUUACUAUAGCGUCAAAAAGCCAUUAAACAGAAACUGUGAAAUUUGCAAGAGACUGAACAAUCUAUCGAGCUUUAGAAAAACAUAUGGAGCUAUUGGUGACUAUCUUAAUGCCGAUCAAUGUAGAAGGCCUAAUGAUUUAUAAAUUAUUUUAAGAUUUAUUUAAAUCUUUAGAUACAUGUUAAUACUUUUGUAGUCGUAUUUAAAUCUCCAUAUGACUGUUAUACAAAUUAGAAAUUCAGUUCUAAUUAAUAUGAAAACUACAUGUACAUUUCCGUUAAAUCGAACAAGUAUGACGUCACGUCGACUAUUCAGGUUCCUGAGAGUGCUGUUAUAUUUGAUCUACUGUUUUUGGUGGCUGCUGCCACCAGUGUAAAAAAGAAUACUCCGUUUGAGAAA